GACAUCAGGCUGCUGGGCGAGCAUGGUAACUUCUUCAGCAAUCAGAGCUGCAGUCACAUCAGUGGCAUGCUUAGUGGAGAUAUGCUCCUUCCUUCUGCACUCCAACUCCCAGCAUGGAUUGUCAGCUCUGCUCCAUCCUCCUCCUUUGCUCCAUCUCACUCAGCUGCUCAGGGGAACUGAUUUCUCAUCCUGCUAAUGAAGUUAAUCUUCUGGAUUCGAAAGCAAUUCAAGGGGAGCUGGGCUGGAUUUCCUACCCAUCACAUGGGUGGGAAGAGAUCAGUGGAGUUGAUGAGAAUUACACUCCCAUAAGGACCUACCAAGUUUGCAAUGUUAUGGACCAUAAUCAAAACAAUUGGCUUAGGACAAACUGGAUUCCCCGCAAUGCAGCUCAGAAGAUCUAUAUUGAGCUAAAGUUUACAUUACGAGACUGCAACAGUAUCCCUCUUGUUUUGGGCACUUGCAAAGAAACAUUUAACCUCUACUACAUGGAGUCAGAUGAAGACCAGGGGGUUAAGUUUAGAGAGCACCAGUUUACAAAAAUUGAUACCAUUGCAGCCGAUGAGAGUUUCACACAGAUGGACCUUGGAGAUCGAAUUCUCAAACUUAACACUGAGGUUCGAGAAGUGGGACCCAUAAGCAUGAAGGGACUUUAUCUGGCUUUUCAGGAUGUCGGUGCCUGUGUUGCCUUAGUAUCUGUGCGGGUUUAUUUCAAAAAGUGCCCUUUUACUGUGAAGAAUUUGGCCAUGUUCACAGAUACUGUACCUAUGGACUCCCAUUCUCUGGUGGAGGUUCGAGGCUCUUGUGUCAACCAUUCCAAAGAGGAAGAUCCACCCAAAAUGUACUGCAGUACUGAAGGUGAAUGGCUCGUUCCCAUUGGAAAGUGUUUGUGCAAUGCUGGUUAUGAAGAGAGAGGCUUUACUUGCCAAGCUUGCAGACCGGGAUUUUACAAAGCAUUUACUGGAAACCUUAAAUGUACCAAAUGCCCCCCUCAUAGUUCUACUCAGGAAGAUGGGGCAACUUAUUGCAACUGUGAGAAAAACUUCUACAGAGCAGAUAAAGAUCCUCCAUCCAUGGCAUGCACACGUCCACCCUCUGCACCAAGAAACCUUAUUUCCAACAUCAAUGAGACAUCAGUAAUACUAGACUGGAGUUGGCCAUUGGAUACUGGAGGUCGAAAGGACAUCACUUUCAAUGUUGUUUGCAAACGUUGUGGAGUAAAUGUGAAAUACUGUGAAUAUUGUAAAGGGAAUUUAAAAUUUAUCCCACGGCAGAGUGGGCUAGCCAACACCACUGUGACGGUUACGGAUCUCCUGGCCCAUACCAACUACACAUUUGAGAUUGAGUCAGUAAAUGGUGUGUCUGACCAAAGUGUAUCCAAUAGGAUUCCUGCUGCAGUUAGCAUCACUACUAACCAAGCGGCUCCAUCUCCUGUCACUAUAAUUAGAAAGGAGCGGACAUCGAGAAACAGCAUUUCUUUGUCGUGGCAAGAGCCGGAACAUCCAAAUGGGAUCAUCCUGGACUAUGAGGUCAAAUACUAUGAAAAGCAGGAACAGGAAACUAGUUACACCAUUCUACGAGCAAGAACCACCAAUGUGACAAUCAACAGCCUUAAACCCGACACCACAUACAUUUUCCAAAUCCGAGCCAGGACGGCAGCCGGCUACGGCUCUAAUAGCCGCAAGUUUGAGUUUGAAACCAGUCCAGACUCAUUUUCCAUUUCCAGCGAGAAUAGCCAGGUUGUGAUGAUUGGCAUCUCAGCUGCAAUAGUCAUUAUCCUUCUGACUGUGGUUGUGUAUAUCCUGAUUGGAAGGUUCUGUGGAUACAAUAAAUCAAUGCCUGGCUCAGAUGAAAAACGCCUUCACUUUGGAAAUGGACACUUAAAGCUUCCUGGCAUCAGGACGUACAUAGACCCGCACACGUAUGAAGAUCCUAGCCAGGCCGUACAUGAGUUUGCAAAGGAGCUGGACUCUGCCUGCAUCUCCAUUGAUACGGUUAUAGGAGCAGGAGAGUUUGGUGAAGUGUGCAGUGGGCGCUUGAAACUGCCUUCAAAAAAGGAGAUUAGCGUUGCAAUAAAGACGCUGAAGGCCGGCUACACCGAGAAGCAGAGGAGAGAUUUCCUAAGUGAAGCCAGCAUUAUGGGACAGUUUGAGCAUCCAAACAUCAUUCGCUUGGAAGGAGUAGUUACAAAAAGUAAGCCUGUGAUGAUUGUUACUGAAUAUAUGGAAAAUGGUUCCCUGGAUAGUUUUCUGCGCAAAAAUGAUGCUCAGUUUACAGUCAUUCAACUAGUGGGCAUGCUGCGUGGCAUCGCGGCUGGUAUGAAAUACCUCUCUGAUAUGGGUUAUGUCCACCGGGACUUGGCUGCUCGGAAUAUUCUCAUAAACAGUAACCUUGUCUGCAAAGUCUCUGAUUUUGGACUGUCUCGAAUACUGGAGGAUGACCCAGAAGCUGCCUAUACUACAAGGGGAGGAAAAAUUCCAAUUAGAUGGACAGCACCAGAAGCAAUUUCCUACCGUAAAUUCACAUCAGCAAGUGACGCGUGGAGCUAUGGUAUCGUCCUCUGGGAGGUGAUGUCAUAUGGGGAGAGACCCUACUGGGAAAUGUCCAACCAAGAUGUUAUCAAGGCCGUGGAAGAAGGCUAUCGGUUGCCACCACCAAUGGACUGCCCUGCGGCCCUAUAUCAGCUUAUGUUGGACUGCUGGCAGAAGGACAGAAACAACAGACCCAAGUUUGACGAAAUUGUUAGCAUUUUAGAUAAACUAAUCCGAAACCCUAGCAGCCUGAAAGUUAUUGCCAAUGCAUCUAUAAGGCCCUCAAAUCUGCUGCUAGAUCAAAACUGUGCUGACUUUCCUGCAUUCCAGCCCACAGGAGACUGGGUUGACACUUUGCAAACUGGACCAUGUCAUGAUAUUUUGACUGGAGUUGCCUACAGUUCCUGCGAAACAAUAGCAAAAAUUUCCUUAGAUGAUAUGAAGACGGUUGGCGUUACCAUUACCGGACCAAGGAAAAAGACCCUAAGUAGCUUCAGACCUCCUGAAACAUAUCAGAAGAACGGACCUGUUAAUGUAUGAAACAAAUAUACAAGAAGAUAUAUUUGAAAUGGAAGGUGCAAUUCAUGCUCUAGAAAAACUAUAAGGAGAACACUGUGGGGGUGGACAAUAAUCCUAUUCCCGCACAGACUCUUGUACUGGAAUUAUAAUGCCUUAAAAUAGGAGCAAAAACUCUUUUAUUUCACAGUCAGGAAGGUUACAUUUUGGUAACAUAUAAAAUCUGAUUGAACAGAAGAUUAUGAGGAUAUACGAGACCUGCAAUACGAAAGAAACGGUGCAUCUUCACCCGAGUACAGGGAUAACAGAGGCGAAAACUCAAAACUCUUUGCAAUUUUUUUUAAUAGAAAAUACAUGAAUGACGUUCUUUAUUAUCUCAUUUUUUGGUUUUCCAAUAAAUACAGGUAACCUUCAGGAUAUUUAACCAACAUUGUUACACCAGUUACACUUUGGUAUGUUAAACGAGUUAUUUACAAUAUUAAAGACAAAAAGAAAUAGUCGAUA